UGGAGGAAAAUUACGCCGAAAGGAAUGGAAUGGAUAGCUAGUCAGAAAAAUGGCGGAAGUCCAGCGACACAGCUCGGGGAGAAACGCUCUCUGUUUUAGUGUACUAUGGAAGGCGUCUGUCCGAGCAAGGAUGUUUAUCUUUAUUUGCAUUCUUUUAAUCGAACCUGGACGAGCUACAACUCACUGGGUCGUUACAGAGGACGGAAAAAUCCAACAACAGGUGGAUUCUCCGCUUAACCUGAAACACCCACAUCAUCUCGUCCUUUUCAUGCAGCAGGAGACACGUGUCAACUACCUCAAAAAAUUAGAGAAGCAGCUAGUUGCUCAAAAAAUUCACAUCGAAGAGAACGAAGACCGUGACACUGGAUUAGAACAACGUCACUAUAAAGAGGAUGCCGACUGCGUAACGGCUAAAGUUCCCCUUGGGGAUCUGGACCUCUAUGACGGCACCUUCAUAUCCCUGGAGAGCAAAGCCAUCAAUCCUGAAGAUUAUAUGGAUUUCAUGUCACCUUUACCUUCAGACCUGGAAAAGCCCGAUUGUGCAGAAAUUCUGGAGCUUCCCUACAGUAUUCAUGCAUACCAGCAUUUAAGGGGUGUGCAGGAGAAAGUAAACCUCACAUCACCUUUGCUGUCAAAGGAUGACCCUAUCUUCAAUUCUUUAUCACAUAAGCUGGGUCAUCGCAUGGAUGAGGUUGGCCAUAGAAUACACCAAGGUCUUCUGAGGAAUUCCUCCUCCUGGGUGCUUUACAAUUUGGCCUCCUUCUACUGGCGUAUGAAGAAUGAGCCAAGGCGAGCUGUGGACUGUGUCAUCCGUGCACUUCACUUCUCUCCCAGGCAGCACAAGGAUGUAGCCCUCGUCAACUUGGCAAAUAUUCUGCAUCGAGCUCACUUCUCAGCAGACGCCGCCAUCUUGGCUCAUGCUGCCCUGGACCACACUACUGAUCUAUUUACCAGCCACUACACACUUGGCAACAUCUACGCUAUGUUGGGGGAAUACAAUCACUCAGUGCUCUGCUAUGAGCAGGCUCUGCAGGCUCAGCCAGGCUUUGAGCAGGCUCUGAGGAGGAAGCACGCUGUCCUGUGUCAGCAGAAGCUCGAGCAGCGGCUCGAGGCUCAGCACCGGUCUCUUCAGCGUACUCUGAACGAACUAAAAGAGUACCAGAAGCAGCACGAUCAUUACCUGCGGCAGCAGAGCAUGUUGGACAAGCACAAGCUAAUCCAGGAGGAACAGAUUCUACGCAACAUCAUCCAUGAGACACAGAUGGCCAAAGAGGCACAGCUUGGUAACCACCAGGUGUGCCGUCUUGGUCAGCAGCAGUACAGCCUGUUCUGCCCAUUUGACUUACCUGUCCGUUAUCAUCGGGGAGAUCUGUAUGAGAAUGUGCACUACAUCCAGUUUGGUGAGGAGGUGUCCGUAGCCGGCACCGUGGCUCUGGUGUCGGAGCUGAGUGUGAAUGAGAGUCGCAGCCCGCAGCCGUACUCCACCAUGUCUGGAGGAGAUGUGCCAGCAGCACACUGGGACAAGGAAUCCUCCUCUAAUGCUGAAACCCAUGGCAUGCUGUGGCCGAGAAGUUCAGACUGUGCUCAGCGUUUCCCCACCGUUCCCUCUGCUAACCUGCUGCCCACCUUUUUUCUUCCCCCAGAGAGUCAUGGCCUCAGGGUAAAGAGUAGCUUGUAUGUGAACAGGAGUCCCCCAGUCUCUCUCGAGACCCCAGACUGCAGUUUAAAAGCUCAGCCCUUGCCUGGUGACCCUCUGACAUCUGUAGCCUGGUCCUUGCAGGGGAAACAGCUGCCCGAUCCGCACGCUACUCAGGUAUUGCUGAAACGUGGUGAAGGGUGGACUAUGGAACAAAUGGGUGCAAUGAUAGCAAGUACUCUGGAGAAGAUGAGUGUGCCACGGUGGCUUGUUCAGAAUGAGGCAGGGCUCUUUUGGAGAGCUCAGGGAAAUGGUACACAAGCUCUGCAGUGUCUGCGCCAGGCCCUGCACUCAGCUCCACCUCAGCACAAAAAUGUGCCACUAGUCAACACGGCCAACCUGCUGCUCCACUACGGCCUCCACCAUGAAGCCCAGGAGCUCCUGCAGCAGGCCGUGGAGAUCAACGCCUCAGAGCCUCACACUCUGCUGAGCAUGGUGAGUGUGCAGCUCUCUCGAGGGAACCUGACUGGUGCAUUGACCCUGUUCCGGCACACCCUGUCUCUGAGUGGCAGCUGCAGCCAGUGUCGUACUAGCCUGCCUCUGCUGCGCUGCCUGCAGUUCUACCCUUUCCUAUACAAGCUCCAGCACCAGAUCUGUCAGCAUGGUUCAGGUUGUGAGAGAGUAGAGGACAUUGAGGUGGAGGACUGGGAAUCUGAGGAAAGGCAAGAAACGGGAACCACUGAUGCCAUGCCUGGAACUGCAUUGAAGGACUCGCUCCUGUUUGAGAAGGUAGUGGUGGACAGUAAUGGCUCAGGAGAGGUGGGCCAGCAGGAGCAAGGGGAAGAUAAGAAAGGAGGUCUGGAAGGAGAAGAGCAGUGGCAGUUGCAUGAGGAGCUGAUGGGAGCGUUUGAGGGGGCACUGGAUGUGAGUGGGAAGCGUGGGGACCUACGAGGGAUCCGUGUUCUGAAAAACGACAAGGUGAUGGGGGCCAAUAGCGACAGUGCCUGCUUUGGGAACUGUGAGGAUGAUGAAGGAGCAGAAUGGAUCACAUUCCAGGUGAAGCGAAUGCGAAAGCCCAAGGCUGAGGCUGAGAUUUCUGAGAGCUGGGCAGGUGAAGAGGAUUCCUCUCAGAGUGACUCCUCAGCGGCAAACUCCGUCCUGGAGAUCAGCGGUCCUACCAUUCCAUCCCCUGGACCUUCAGAAAGGUGGAAGGACUACAGCAGUAUGGGUUGGCCAGGACCAGAAGAGUGUCAGCGCACACGGCGUGUAGACCUCACUACUGUGGCAAGCACCUGGCUGGCUGUGUCUGCCAAAAAUAUUGACAUCACAGAACAUAUAGACUUUGCCACGCCACUGCAGGAGCCUUCUGCAGAACCAGUGUGCAAUGCUAAUCUGCCUGCCAGCAUGCACACACUAGACCAUCUGGGGGGAGUGGCCAACCGCGGCAGCAUCCACUAUACUGGGGAGAGUCAGCUCAAAGAGGUUCUGCAAAAUUUGGGAAAGGAUAAGUUUUUGCCGCAGUCCUUUGAGCAAGUGGGAACCCGUUUGGCCAAAGUCUUGGAAAAGAACCAGACCUCAUGGGUUCUGUCCAGUAUGGCGGCGCUGUACUGGAGAGUGAAGGGUCAGGGGAGGAAGGCCAUCGACUGUCUGCGUCAGGCUCUAAACUCUGCUCCUCACCACAUGAAGGAUGUUCCCCUGAUCAGCCUGGCUAACAUCUUCCAGAACGCCCGUCUGUGGGAGGACGCACUGACCGUGGCCCGCAUGGCCGUAGAGAUCGCUCCUCAUUUCGUCGUAAACCAUUUUACGCUCGCUAAUGUAUACAUAGCAAUGGAAGAGUUUGAAAAAGCAAUGCACUGGUAUGAAUCCACUCUAAAGCUCCAGCCAGAGUUCGGACCUGCUAAAGACCGCCUUCGUACCAUCCAGUGCUACCUUCUGACUAAGAGGGACAGGCGAGCUCCAUAAAGACACAGGCACACACACACAAACACACACACACAGGGGGCACAUACGUACAUGCAGCUCUAUUUAAAUAGAGAAGUGGGGAAGGCUUUAGCUCAAUCAAUGUUUAUUUUUGCCACAUAUCAUCCAGCGAUUCAGUUAAAACAGAGCGGUUUCUACAGAGUCUUGUUUUCCAACGUUAAAGAAAAGGUUGUUGUAAUCAAUAGAUCAGUAUAUCUUUUUAUUUAUUUAUUUUAUGGAGUCAGGUUUUUAUGUAAAAUUGUUUGCACAGGUUUUUUUUCUUAAAAAAAACAAAAACUGACAAAAUUUGAAAGUGAUCCAGGUUUUUGGAACACAAUUCCACUCCUGAACAUAGCGAGAACAAAUUCAGGUACUUAUUGUUGCAUCAUGACGGUUAAAGAAAUAUUCAGAAUCGGUUGCCGUAAAGCAGGGUUCCUCAAAUCUUUCCCUUGAGGCCAAUCCACUGCAGAGUUUAGCUCCAAUCCCUGAUCAAACUCCUCUACCUGUGAUUUUCUAAUGAUCCUGAAGACACUGAUUAGUGUGCUCGGGUGUGUUUGAUUAAGGUUAGAGCUAAACUCUGCAGGAAAGUGGAUCUCGUGGGCCAGUUUUGAGGAUCUCUGCCAUAAAGGAACAACUUCUGAUGCAUAAAGCACAGCAGGAAGGAGUGUGCGAUUCACUAGAAUUUCUGAACGUUCUAACACGGUUGUGGCACAAAGUCUGUUUAAAAGCCAAUUUUUAACAGAUUUCUACAUCAUGUUACACAAAGCAAAUAUAUCAGUCCUGGAAAAGUUAUAAUGUCAAUAAAGGCACCUUUUGAAAACAGAUCUUCAGCACCACAACAACGUAAUGAUGAAUAAAUAUGGUCAUGGAUUAUAAAGUGUUUUUAAGGUUAGUUUAGUCAGAAUACAAGGAAGAUUAAAUCAGACACUAAACCAGUCAUGACAUGUAUUAGUGUAUCGUACUUGAAACAGCCGUUAAACAGUCACGUUAAUGUAUUUAUUUUUUUUCAUUGCUUCACUGAAUUAGGCAAUAAUGAUGGAUCCAACCUGAUAAUGGCAGAUUGAUAUGCUUUUAAGCAAGCUUAUUUUAAGUAUUUUAAUCGUUCUACUGACUAAGAAAGCGUCAUCUCUGGGUGUAGUUUUUAGUCUAUAUUCUUUUCAGUGUGACUGUAGAUACACUAUUAUACACUACAACAGAUUUAAGGAACAUACAUAUUUGUAAUCCGUAACAAAUGCAUCUCCAUUUAAAGUGCCAAUAUUUUUGAAGUACCCAAUAACAUUGUCAUACGCUGCCAUCUCAGUGUGUUGUUAUAGUAUGACUGACAGUAUUUGAUCAUAUUUUAUUUAUUUUUUUUAGUCAUAAUCAUUCUUGGAAUUCAUGAUGAUUGUUUGCCCUAACCCUACACACACACAGACACACACACAAACACACAUAUAGACACACACACAUCUGUGUUUGUAAAAUGUAAUGCAGCCUUCCAUGACCUCUCUCUAUUUUCAGCAAAUAAUGUUACUGGUCUUAAUCCAUUAAUAAACACACAUUGAUGAUGAUGAUAAUGAGUGAUGAUAAUAAUAAUAAAAUUAAUAUUGUUCAUCUCAAGUGGUUUAGGUGAACCUGAAACAGGGUUAUUUUAAUUCUG